AUGUCGGCCUUCGAGAAGCCUCAGAUCAUCUCCCAUAUCCAGAAGGGUCUCAAUUACACGGUGUUUGACUGUAAGUGGAUGCCCUGCAGUGCCAAAUUUGUGACCAUGGGCAACUUCGCACGGGGCACCGGCGUCAUUCAGCUGUACGAGAUCCAGCAAGGGGACCUAAAGCUGCUGCGGGAGAUUGAAAAGGCCAAGCCCAUUAAAUGUGGAACAUUUGGUGCAACAUCUUUACAGCAGAGAUAUCUUGCCACUGGAGAUUUUGCUGGAAACCUUCAUAUAUGGAAUUUGGAAGCUCCAGAGGUCCCGGUGUAUUCUGUAAAGGGCCAUAAAGAAAUUAUAAAUACUAUAGAUGGUGUUGGUGGACUUGGAAUCGGGGAAGGGGCCCCUGAAAUUGUGACUGGCAGCCGAGAUGGAACUGUAAAGGUGUGGGACCCAAGGCAGAAAGAUGAUCCUGUUGCUAAUAUGGAACCUAUACAAGGAGAAAACAAGAGAGACUGUUGGACUGUGGCAUUUGGCAACACCUAUAAUCAAGAGGAACGUGUCGUGUGUGCCGGCUACGACAAUGGAGACAUCAAGCUGUUUGAUCUCAGAAAUAUGUCCUUACGGUGGGAGACAAAUAUAAAAAAUGGGGUGUGUAGCUUGGAGUUUGACAGAAAAGACAUAAGUAUGAAUAAGUUAGUAGCUACAUCUCUGGAAGGAAAGUUUCAUGUUUUUGACAUGAGAACACAGCAUCCAACCAAAGGUUUUGCUUCUGUUUCAGAAAAGGCUCAUAAAUCUACUGUGUGGCAGGUCCGACACCUGCCACAGAACCGGGAGGUCUUCCUGACGGCGGGGGGCGCCGGCAGCCUGCACCUCUGGAAGUACGAAUACCCGAUUCAGCGAUCAAAGAAAGAUUCCGAGGGUGUAGAGAUGGGAGUUGCAGGUUCGGUCAGCCUUCUGCAGAAUGUUACGUUGUCUACUCAGCCCAUUUCAAGUUUGGACUGGAGUCCAGAUAAGAGAGGUCUGUGCAUCUGUAGUUCAUUUGACCAAACGGUGAGAGUACUGAUCGUUACAAAACUCCACAAAAUCUGA